AUGUUCAUACGGACCCCGUUACAAUGUGGCCCGUUCAUCGACUGGAAGGACUGCAGCGAUCCAGUGUUCAAUCUCUACCAGUCCAGCUCCUCGUCGUUGCCACAGUACCGCAACAUUCUGACACACGAUCUUCAAGUGCUCAUCUACAGCGGCGACGCAGAUUCGAUCGUGAACUUCAUCGGUACGGAGUGCUGGAUCGGCGGUCAAGGGCUGAAGUUGCGCAUCAAGUCAGCGUGGCACGCUUGGUUCGGACCGGACAAGCAGUUGGCGGGCUACGAGCAGCAGUACGAAGGGCUGACGUUCAAGACCGUCAAAGGCGCUGGCCACAUGGUGCACGCCGUGCGUCCGCUGCACGGUCUCUACCUCUUCGAGUGCUUUGUUCUUGGCCAGAGCGCCUGCACUGAGUUCGCGUAUCCCAUCGAUAGCAACGAGGUCGACGCUGAACUGACUGUGGUGCAGCAGCAGCACGUGGACAGACCAGUGCCUCUCACUGCUAGCACGAGAGUCAACGACGAGUCCAAAACGUCGUCGUCGUCGCUGGAAUGGCUCGCACUGUCAGGUAUCUGCGGAUUAAUCAUAGUCCUGGCAGCUGUCGCUAUCCGCAAUGCCAAGACACACGGCACCUUCCAGCGUCUGUGUUCGAACGGCUACCAAGCCGUCGAGUAA